AUGGCUGGUAAAAUAAUGACACUCUCUAGAAGAGCCCGUCUUGCCUUAAAGCCAAUAGAGGCAGCGAAACCCUCUGGUAAGUCUACCUCCAAGAGGAAUAGGUCAGAGGGCAGCACCCCUGACAAAGCGCCUCCGAAACGUGCCAAAGAUAUAAAGGAGCAUCCAGUGCCCCCCCCUCACGGCAAACGUUCAGGCAAGUUGCUGAAAGCGUUAGAGGUGCUAGAGGAAUUUGAUAUCCCUCGCGCCCAGAUUGUAGUGGGAUACUUCCCAGCCAGUAAGGACGAUUCGACGAAAGGGAUUCUGAGUUUCGUCGAACCCCAGAACGAAGGUCUGAAUCCAACGGACUGGAGGGUUCUCCGUAGGUCCAACGAGGAAAGUUCUGCUGAGCUCACUAUUUCGAUGGACCUCAAAUCCUUUGAAAUAUUGAAAAAGAGAGGCUCACGGGUGGAUAACAAGUUUGGCCAAGUCUCACUCCGGCCGAAGAACAACCCACCUAAGGAAGCUGGGGAGGUUGCCACGUCUGUUCCAAUGGAGCAGGGGUCUUCUACCUCAGAGGCUCCGGCCUCUAAGGCUAUAGAUCAGCUCCUGGCGACAAUUGGGGCACCAGGCCCUAGUGGACUCUCAAGUCUGGACGAGACAAGGGCACCAAAGAAGCCCAUCCAACCAACUCCAACACCAUCGAGCAACAAGAAGCUCAAAAACAAAGGGGCCAAAGUUCCCCCCAAGAAGUCGAAGGCUUCGAAAAAAUAG